CCUGAACUCCUUCUACGCUUGAUAGCACGGGGCACGCUAUAAUCCGUCUCACAUUUUCGGAUAUUUAUUUGGGGAAGGUGCCAUUGAUGAUCUGGCGAAGCGCUCGCGCAGAGAGCUAGAGACGUAGGCGUAAGCCCCGAAGUCGGCGCUCCCACCAUUCGAAUCCGAACUUGCAUUAGAAGUACUAUUUCCGACGGGCAAAUCGCCAGGUCGAGAGACUAAAACUAAAAACAAAGAUCCAGGAAGCUUGUAUGGAGGGAGCCUGACUGUCUACACGUUUUGAGUCAUUGAUCUUGGCCGCGCCUUCAGCGACACGACCGAAACCCGCCUUGCGACCUCACCUCAUACCGAACCUCUCAACACCUACCAUACUCGACCUCCAAUAGUCCUUCUCCAGGCCUAGAAAUUACAAGCAACUGCCAGAAUGGGCGUCUACUACGAAACCAUUCCCGACUCCCUCAAGCCAUGGAUCCUCGACCAGAAAAUGCUCUUCGUCGGCACCGCGCCGCUCUCCCCGACCGGCCACAUCAACAUCUCCCCCAAAGGCGGCAAGCAAUUCGGCAUCGUGUCGCCGACGCAGUUCUGGUACCUCGACCUCACCGGCUCCGGUGUCGAGACGCACGCCCAUCUGCACGAGCCGCACAAUGGCCGCAUCUGCGUCAUGUUCGUCGCGUACACGGGGCCGCCCCGGAUCGUGCGCAUCUGGGGCACCGGCCGUGCUGUCGAGAAUGGGACGCCCGAGUGGGAUGUGUUUGUGCGGGAGAACAAGGUCGAUACGAUCCCCGGGAGCAGGAGUAUUAUCCUGGUGGAUGUGCAUCAGUGUGCGACGAGCUGUGGGUUUAGCGUGCCGACGUAUGAGUGGACGGGGUGGCGGACGACGCUGGAUGACUUUUUUGCCAAGAAGGAGAAGAAGUAUCUGGAGGGGAAGGAGGAGGAGAGCAUGGAUCGGUACUGGGCGUUCAAGUCGCAAUACAGCAUCGACGGCAUGCCGGGCAUGAAGCGCGGCUACGAGUUCGCCCAGAAGAACAAUGUCGCGCCGCUCAAGAAGUGGGUUGGGAAGUGGGCGCCCAGAGACUUCGGUCCCAGACCAACCCAGCAGGUCUCACCGAUGCAUCUCAUCCUCGUGGCGGUGCUGAGCUUGAUCAUCGGAUUUACGCUCGCGGUGACUAUGGCGCCGCCGGACUUUGUGCGGAAGGUGCAGCACAAGGAGUUCUUUCUAUGAGGGGAUUAUCUGUGCGGUGUUGCUUAUACCCAGCGCAUGCGGGCGGAUACUUGGUGAGUUUUGCAGAUAUUGUACUUCAGACGUUUAUAUUCCAGUCUUGUGUGCAAUGGAGCUUCAGGCUUUUAGUGCGAUCAUAGACCGAGACCGUCGCUCCUCGUCAUGCCCGGGCACUCUAUCAACCUAUCCACUUCACUCGAGUCGACAGGGUAAAGCACACGUUGUCAUAU